UCUGAGUUUGUGUAGAAUUACAAUCUGUGGAGAAAUGUAGUCCGUUAGUAGUGUGAAAACAUGAAAGAAACCCCUGGAAUGUUGGAGACAGAACUAACCGACUUUCAUUGUUCUAUUGCUCCAAAUCUGAGUUACGAAAGGAUUAGCAUGGUUGACCACCAACAAGAAGAAAUCAAACUUAGUCGCUGCCGGACGCCCGGGGCAAAGCCCAAGAGAUCCGCGAGCGCGCCAGGCCUACUUCGCCGACUCCGCUCCCUGCGCGGGGCUGCAGUUACUAUGGAAACGGCGGGAAAUAACAACUCCGUUCCCCCUGGGAUGAGGGAGGCCCGCAGAGGCAACGGCUGCGGGAGGAACAGCAGGAGCGACGCGCGGCCCCCGGCGAGUUCACCGCGGUGCCAGCCGAGCCGCAGCGCCGUGCCCCCGCUCCACCCCACCCCCUCCCCGCCCUCCAGUGUCGGUAGGUACCCGGGCCGCGGGCGCCUCCCGGGGACCCCCCCCUCCCCGCCACCCCACCUUGGGACUUGAUUGCGCGCUCCUGUUCGCAGUGUUCAAAGGAUGCCCACGGGAGCUUCGCUGGGGGCGGUGCAGGUCUUGGCUGCGGGAGGGGCGGGGGCGAGGGGUCUCGGACGCUCGACUCUCCUCUCCCAGUGCACUUUAGGCAUUUAUCUCCCAGCGAAGAAAAAGCUGGGCAGCUUCAGCCCAAACCCUAAUUACUUGAUUUCGGGAACAAACAGGAGGUUGAGAAGUGGGAGCCAGGAAAGAAGUUUCAGCAUAUUUAUAAUUAUAUAGUUGGUGCAUGUGUUGUGCGUUCCCACCUCUCUCCCACCCGGGCGCACGCAGUCUGCCUGUUUCCCGCCCCUGGCGCAGCUCCGGUGCAGAGGUGGUUACACCUUGAUUCCGCCGGUAGCGAGAGAAACAGGUGCGCGCGCGCACGGCAGAGGUCUGAUUGGUGGUGCAGACUCG